AUGACCUCUCUCAGCUAUGACAGCACAAAGCAUAAGGUGAUACUCAUCUCGGGGAUGCAAUGGGGAGACGAAGGAAAAGGAAAGCUAGUUUCCCAUCUGGCUCCAGAUUUUGAGCUUUUUGCUAGAUAUAACGGGGGCCACAACAGCGGCCAUGAGGUGAUGAUAGACAAUGUAGCAUACAAACUGCACCUUCUGCCGUGCGGGUCGCUGAGUAACCACGCAAUAAACGUGCUAGGAAACGGAGUGGUGGUUCACCUGGAGAGUCUAAUCAGGGAGAUGGAGACCCUGGAGAAGGCAGGAAUAUCAAUGAAGAACAGACUAUUUAUAUCAGAGAGAGCACAUUUGAUCUUUGACUUCCACAUUGAGCUAGACAAAGGAAAUGAGAGUGACUCGAGGAAGUACGCCUCGAAAAUAGGGACCACUAAGAGAGGGAUCGGUCCGUCCUACUCGACGAAGAGCGCAAGGACAGGAAUAAUGGUAGCGGAGAUGUUCAACUGGCCGAACUUUGAGAUGCUCGUGAAGGCGCUGUGCCACCGAGUUAACGUAGGGAGGCUGACUGACGAGGAGAUAGAUCAACUGGCCAACAUAGAGUUGGAAAAGCAUAAGAGAUACUUCGAAGCGGUCAAGCACUGCAUAGUGGACGUUUCCUUCAUGGUUAGGCAAUACAUCAAGAACGGGAAAAGGGUCUUCUUCGAAGGAGCGAACGGAGUGCUUCUGGACCUGUCACUAGACGAAACUUUCCAGAAGCUGAGCAGAAUAGGAAACGAGUUUGGAGUCUCCACUGGGAGAUGCAGAAGGUGUGGGUGGCUGGACAUGGUCGCGGCGAAGUACGCCCAGGAAACAAACGGGUUUGACCUGAUCAACCUGACGAAGUUGGACGUAUUGUCCCACCUAAGCGAGGUCAAGGUCUGCGUGAACUAUAAGGACAAGACCACAGGACGCCUUCUCGAGGAUGGCCGAUUCCCAAGUUGUAUUUACAAAUUUGACCAUUUUGAACCCGUGUAUAAAACGUUUCCUGGCUGGCCCGGAGAGGACCUUUCGAAGUGCACAAAGUUCGAGGACCUGCCUGAGAACUGCAGAGAUUAUAUAAAGUUUAUAGAGACUGAACUUAACGUUCCAAUACAAUGGAUCGGAGUUGGUAGCGAUGUCAAAAACAUGAUUAUACGUGACCUUUAA